GCGACUCACUUCCACCAACUUUUGCCCAGGGACGACUAACCCACAGCAAGUCACAGCAACAAAUUCUCGCCGGUGAGGGUUUGUGUGUCUUUCUUUCUUUUCCACCUUUUUCUUUCCAACCCCCCCGAAAGGAAACCGGUACGAUGUCGUCGUUCGAGUCGGUUGUCGUCGUUGACGGCAAGGGCCAUCUCCUUGGUCGUCUCGCCUCCAUUGUCGCCAAGCAGCUCCUCAACGGCCAGAAGGUUGUUGUCGUCCGCUGCGAGGCCCUCAACAUCUCUGGAGAGUUCUUCCGCGCCAAGCUCAAGUACCACGCCUACCUGCGCAAGAUGACCCGAUACAACCCCACUCGCGGUGGUCCCUUCCACUUCCGCGCCCCCUCCAGAAUCUUCUACAAGGCCGUCCGUGGUAUGAUUCCUCACAAGACCGCCCGCGGUGCCGCCGCUCUGGAGCGCCUCAAGGUCUUCGAGGGUGUCCCUCCCCCCUACGAUAAGAAGAAGAAGAUGGUCGUUCCCCAGGCCCUCCGUGUCCUGAGACUGCAGCCCGGUCGCAAGUACUGUACCGUUGGCCGUCUCAGCCACGAGGUCGGCUGGAAGUACCAGGACGUCGUUGCCCGUCUGGAGGAGAGACGGAAGGCCAAGGGCGCUGCCUACUACGAGCGCAAGAAGGUUGCUGCACGACAACUGUCCGACGCGAAGAAGAACGCCUCGGUCAAGGAGGAGACCGCGAAGGCCCUUGCGGCUUAUGGCUACUAAGCUGGCCAUUCCUAGGAUUCCCCUGCCGGGGGGAACACCUUGGUACUUCGCAUUGUCUUUUUCUCGUGCGUUUCAUUAGAUUGGCGCGGCGGUUCACAAAGGAAUUAUACUUGAUUUGCUGAGUGAUGGCAAGGGCGGCGGGCUUUUUGGGGGGCGGAUGGGAACUUUUUUUUUUCCUCAAAUCAUUGUCUUUAUGAACAAUCUCUCUCUUUGUCAUCGGAACCCAUAACCCAAGUCCACAGAGAAAAUAAAGCACAGGAAACCCCAACAAUCAGCACGAAACAAACGUGAGAACAAGGGAAAAUGAUUCAUUUUUUUUUCCUUCUUCUCCCUCGUGAGGGUGACAGCGGAUGGACUGAUGCGACGUUGUAAUGUGGCUCGUUUUGCGUUUUUGGUUUCUGCUUGACAGGGAACAAUCGGAUUGGGAUUGGGGAACAGGACUUGGGCAAGGAAACGGUUUCUUAUUUUUUUUCUACUUAUAUCUGACCCGCGAUGGCCCUUUUACUGCUGCUCAAGGACGCUAUUCCCCGGCUUAUUACGGAGCAACAAAGAAAAAAAAAAGUGAGUCGGCGACAAGGAAUUGGGGGACGUGGGAGAGGAGAUGGGCAAGUGAUGAUCAUACCCUUUCUCUGAGCAAAAAGAGGUGUCUAGCAUUGCACAAAUACUAGGAGUAGACGGAAAUGAUAAAUGCUUUGAACAAUUAAUGAUGACGUGUGAUUAUUGAA